AUGCAAGCCGUGGUUGUUAGUCCAACAUAUUGCUGCAGGGCCCAUCAAACCCUAGAACCUUCCUGCUCUCGUCCCACGACUACCAAGCCCUCGAGCUUCUUUGGCACCAGAGUUUCGCUCGCGAAGGGGCGUAAUCCGGCGCGGCGCAGCUCAUGGCGUUGUGUGCGGAUUCGAUCACCUGGUCUCACGCGGAGGACAGUUGUCAAGGCUGUAGCCACUCCUGAUUCAGCCUUGGAAUUGCCGCUAACAGCAGAGAAUGUCGAAAGUGUGUUGGACGAAGUUCGACCAUAUCUCAUUGCUGAUGGAGGGAAUGUGGCAUUGCAUGAGAUUGAUGGCAAUAUUGUAAGGUUGAAGCUACAAGGAGCGUGUGGCUCAUGUCCGAGUUCUGUUAUGACAAUGAAGAUGGGUAUUGAGAAACGUUUAAUGGAAAAGAUACCUGAAAUUGUUGCAGUGGAACCGAUAACUGAUGAAGAAACUGGCCUUGAGCUGAAUGAAGAAAAUAUUGAGAAGGUGCUUGAAGAAAUUAGGCCCUACCUUGUUGGGGCAGCGGGUGGUUCUCUUGAAUUAGUUGCCAUUGAGGAGCCAAUAGUGAAAGUUCGUAUCACGGGUCCAGCAGCAGGGGUCAUGACAGUUAGAGUGGCUGUUACCCAGAAAUUACGAGAGAAAAUUCCAGCCAUAGCUGCUGUUCAACUUCUAUAAUUUGCAUUCAAGUUCUCAUUAACAAUAUUGUUCUCAAAUAAAAACCUGUAUGAAUAGUGGAAUCCUGGUGUAUAGUUUCUGAUAUAUAUAUAUAUAUAUAUUUAGUUGGA